AACGUUGCAGCGUGAUCUUGAACACAACGUUGCUAUGACGUAGAGAACAAGUCAGCCAGAAACAUGGCAGCCUCCUUGGAUGUGGAGGAUUUUUCGACAGUGACCGAUUCUGCUACCCUGAAAUUAGAGGAAACAGAAGAGCAGGAUGACGACUCUGACGACAAGGUGUGCGUAGAUGACUUGUGUGAACGAAAACUUCGUGAUACGCCAGAGGAUAUCAAACUUGAGGCCAUUGUCAACACCUUGGCAUUCCAUCCUAACCGAGAUAUCCUUGCUACUGGAGAUAUUGACGGUGACAUAUAUGUGUACUCCUACUCUUGCACGGAGGGUGAAACUAAGGAGUUAUGGUCAUCUGGUCAUCACCUCAAGUCCUGCAGGGAAGUAGCUUUCUCUCACGAUGGACAGAAGCUGUUCAGCGUGUCGAAGGACAAGUCAGUCCAUCUCAUGGAUGUGGAGGAGGGAAAGCUCGUCACGCGCAUCACCAAAGCUCACAGCAUGCCGAUCAACGCCCUGCUGCUGGUGGAUGAGAAUGUGCUGGCUACAGGGGAUGACGGGGGGACCCUGAAGGUGUGGGAUAUGAGGAAGGGCACAGCCUUCAUGGAGCUGAAGCACCACGAGGAUUACAUCAGCGGCAUCGCCAUUGACCAGGCCAAGAAAACGCUUCUGACCACCAGUGGCGAUGGAAUGAUGGGCGUCUUCAACAUCAAGAGACGGCGGUUUGACCUCAUGUCAGAGUUCCAGAGCGGUGAUCUCACAUCAGUGGCUAUCAUGAAACGAGGCAGGAAAGUAGUGUGUGGCUCCAGUGAGGGGACGAUCUACAUUUUCAAUUGGAACGGAUUUGGAGCCACGAGCGACCGCUUUGCUGUGAAGGCGGAAUCGGUGGACUGUGUUGUCCCCAUCACAGAUAGCAUCCUCUGUGCUGCCUCGAUGGAUGGAGUCAUUCGGGCUAUCAACCUUCAGCCAAACCGGGUCCUUGGCUGUAUAGGGCAGCAUGUUGGUGAGCCAAUUGAGCAGAUAGCCCGCUCUCGUGACUCCCAUUUCCUGGCAAGCUGUGCCCACGACCAGCUUAUAAAGUUCUGGGAUAUUUCGAGCCUUUCCCAAAUGACUGUGAGUGACUACCGGAAACGGAAGAAGAAAGAUGGUCAGUUAAAGUCCCUCGGCAAGAAAGCCUUUGGAGGCGGCGAUGAUUUCUUCUCAGGACUUGUCGAAGAGACAAAAGAAAAGGAGGAGGAGGAGGAGGAGGAGGAAGAAAAAGAGGGGGAUGGCAAGAGUGAAAGCGACAGUGACAGUGAUUAAAAGACUUCAAGGCCAUCGUUGUGAGCUAAGACUAGACUGAUGUCAUGUGUGGGCUGUUGUGUGGGCUGUUAAGCAAAACAGCACAAUAGCUAUGUGGUUUAAUUGUAAAAUCUAACUAUUACACCACUGAGUCUAUGCAUCUACAGUUACUUUGCGGAGGCUGUAGAGGAAUUGGCAAGUUGGAUGCUGUAAAUAAACUUUUUUUAAAGCUGAAUGCUGAAGACCAUUGUAAAUUCCACUUCUCACAUACUCACAUUUUCUACUGAAACAUGAUCUUUACAUGACAUUUUUCAGUUAAAUUGAUAACUCUUACCUUAAGGAUGUUGUACAAAGUUAAAACCAAAACAAGUCCCAUAAAUCUAGAUACUUGAGUAACCUAAAAGCUGAGACAUGGUUAUUCAGGAUCAAAUGGAAGGCCUGGAGUGGGGUAGGAGACAGGUCCACAUUAACAGUCCAGAGGGCAGUUAGAAAUGUGAAAAUAUGCUUUGUAAAAUGUAAAUUAUAUCUUCAACUCACUGCACACUGGCUGCAGCAUUUCUUUCAAUGUUUGUAUCAGGUGUAGUCUACUUUCACUUGCUAAAGGAUGUCAAUAGACAAGUUCUUUUUUCAUCCCAUGUCUUCAUUCUUACA